AUCUUUACAAGGAGGAUGGAGAUGGGUUAUUCCACCUUUGCGAUUCUUUUGGCUGUUGGACUGUGCGGUCUUGCACUCUCGGUCACCAACGCAGAAGAAGUUGCGGAAAACUUAACAGAAACAGAUGAGGCUGAAUUCCGCCAAGGAGGUAUUGCACAACAGCUGAUGUCCAGCUAUCCAUCUGUCGGAGGAGGCAUGUAUGGAAACAUUGCAGGAUACCCUAUGAUGGCCAGCGCUAGUGGAAGCAAUGGCGGCAGCUACGUAAAUAUGCUAAGAAAUUUAUACAGACCACCAUCUUUUGGCUUGACCGAUAAAGUAAAGCACUGGGUGAAAUCUUUCAUGAACCGAAGACAGUACGUCAAACCUUAUUACAACCCGUCAAUGUCUAGUCUUUCUUAUGGAGUUGAUGAAUAUGGAAAGCCUACAAUGAUGGGGGCCAAUAGCUACAAGGCAAUUUCCAUACCACUGCGACAGUUGCAGAAAUAUUACAAGCCCUACUAUGCAUCUACCGAUGGAGCCGGCUCCCAGUUCGUUCAGUCACCAACUCGUCAGAUUCCUGGCGCUGCAUCUGCUAACUCUUUCGUCAGUUACAGUCCCGGCAGUGCAGGAGCUUCAGCUGGAAGCGGAACCCUGUAUGCAAGUGAAAGUAAUAGUGCUGGACAAUUCACGGGAGGCAGCUCUGGAUUUUAUGGAGGUUCUUCAGACGGAAGCAGCAGCCUAUAUGGAGCAGGAGCCAGCAGUCUUUUUUCGCCUAGCGGUUCCGGCAGUUCCCUCUUUGCGUCAGCAAGUGGUCCAGGCAGUGGAAUCUUCAGUUCCGGGGGAUCGUCUGGUUUGUUCAGCGCUGGAGGAUCAAGUGGACUCUACAGCCCAGGUGGUGGAUCUAGCAGUAUGUUUUCACCAAGCGAAGGAUCCAGUUCCGCCUUAUUCAGCAGUGCAGGUCUUGCAGGUGCUAAUGGUGGUAUUUACGGUUCUAGCGGAAGCCCUAGCAGUGGUUUAUAUCAAGGAUCAAGUGGCGGUUCCAGCAGUGGCCUCUUUUCCUUAGGUAAUGGCAAUUCAGGAAUUUAUACCUCAGAUGGUAGCUCUUUCUACAGCGCAGGCAAUGGUGGAUCCGAUUAUGAAUCCAGUGCAGCAGCCAGCAGCCUUCUCAGCUCUCUAAAUUCUGGCGGUAACAGUGCUGGUUAUGGAGAUCUCUUUGCCAGUGGAGCAAGUCCAUCUGCUACCGUUUACAAUCCAAGCUCAGGAAGCAGCAGCAUCCGAGGACAUGGAGGAUCAAACAACAAGAAGCAAUACGGAGCGAGCAGCAGUGCUCUUUAUAUGCCAUCAGGUGAAAGAAAUACCGAUUCCUAUCAACAAAAAUCAGCUUCAGAACCCAUCAACAGUUUCAAUGUUGAUUCUACAAGAAACAGUCAAGCUGAACCCUCGUAUUCCGUAUCAUUCCAACCAGCUCAAGGAAAAUCUUUUGGCUCAUCUUUCGAAAAUUCGGGAUUCCAGCCUGUUUCUUUCUCAUCUGAAGAUGGAUUCAAAAGUGGAAACGUUCCUGGGUUCCAAGAAAAGAGCUCAUAAAUGCGACCAAAUAGAUAUAGUUUGAAAGAAUUGUCCUAAAAGCAAAGUUAAUUGCUUUGUAAUCUCAAAAACUUUGAAGAUAGGCAAGGAAACUUGUCUGGAUGGACAGAAAUGGCAGGGAUAAGUGCUGAACUUCUGAAAAUGAAGAAGACGCACAAAAACUUAAACUAGUGUUACCUUGCAUUUUUAUAAGAACAUCGUUUUGCUUAGUAAUUUCUCAUCUGUCAGCUGGACUGACAGUUUUAUGUUUUGAUCAUUGAAACUACAUGAGAUUUUCUAUGAAAUCGAAAUGUUAUAUUUCUCAUUUAAAAUCAACACUUAAUAUAUUAUCAUCAACUAAUUCAUUUUCAGGGAACACUAUUUUGAGUAGAUUCACAAACCGAACAAACCCUAACCAGAUAGCCAUCAAUUUGGUACAAAUUUUUCAACAUUUUGAAAAGAAAUUUCGCUGUAAAUAACAAACUAAUCGAAUAAAAACAAAAUUGUUUAAUAAAAUGGUAAUCAUGAAGCCCCUGAUAGUUUUUAGCAAAACAAAUUUUAAAAAUCAGAAAAUUCUGCAGAAUGUUACUAAUGUUAAAGUUAUAUGUUUUCGUUUUCAACCUAUUUCCAGAAUAAAAUUUACAUAAUGCCUAAGUUACCUAAAGAAUAUUUUCUUUUAAAAUUUCUUAUCGAUUAUUGUGAUUUUGUUUAUUCGCGCCGAACUUCAGGAAAUAAGUAAAAAAAAAAUUAUUAUUUCUGACAGUUCAGAUUUCAGCCAAACUAAGUUGCUUUUUUAUGAAAGCAUGUCUUUAAUCGUGCUGAAAUAAUGCUGUUUUUAGUUAAUUUAAUACUUAAUUUUAAACAUCUUAGUACUUUGUGAACAAAGAUUUAUUUAUUUAUUAUUAUG